GUGGGCGGCCCCGUGUGGCAGGAGGAGAGAGAAACACGACACCCCGGCGGAGGAAGGGGGGAUGAGAGAACAAGAAGUGACUGAGUGAGUGGAAAAAGAAAAACUCCGAGCCGGAGGAAGAGGGGGCAGACAAGAGGAGCGACUUGGUCUUCGGUACUUUUAUUCCUCCUGAUGCGUCGCUGCCGCGGGGACGAUGGCGCGAAGGAGCGCUUGAACCAUGGCACAUCGCUGCAGCAACUACAUUAUUUUUUCCCCUCAACUGCACGCAUUCCGUCGCUUCAACACCUUCCAACGCCAGCGUGACUCCACCAAUCUUUGACCUGCGCUAUUCAGACCCGCUCGACUGGAUUUCCCCCCAAGAGGACUCCGGGCAACUUAUAGUAUACAAGUCACGAAGUUCAUUUCUUUGGGAGAAACUUUUUAAAACAAACUUUGGUCAUAAAAACUAAUCUCAAAUCACAACCUAGCGGCUAGUUUUCUUUGUUGUUUUUUUACUUUCCGACCGAGCUGCUCUCGAUCGAGUCAGGUUCCUCCGAACGAGCCGCUCGUCAGAACAACAUCGGAGGGAGGAGUGGGGUGCCUCUUUGCUAGCGGGGCUAAAGGCUAACCAACAUCUAAAGUUACCAGUCGACGUGAAAAGUGAGCCAAGCGGCUCUUCGAAGACGCCAACAGAGAUGAAAACGCCGGUAGAAACGGGGUUUGCCUUCCCAGAGUGGGCUUAUAAACCAGAGUCCAGCCCAGGCUCCCGGCAGAUCCAGCUGUGGCACUUCAUCCUGGAGCUCCUGAGGAAGGAGGAGUACCACGAUGUCAUUGCCUGGCAGGGAGAUUACGGCGAGUUUGUCAUCAAAGAUCCAGACGAGGUGGCUCGCUUGUGGGGGGCCAGGAAGUGCAAACCUCAGAUGAACUAUGACAAGCUCAGCCGAGCACUAAGAUACUACUACAACAAGAGGAUUCUCCACAAGACCAAAGGGAAGAGGUUCACCUACAAGUUCAACUUCAACAAACUCGUGCUCGUCAAUUACCCCUUCAUCGACAUGGGCUCUGGUCGGGGAGUCCCCCAGAGCGCCCCACCUGUGCCAACUGGAGGAACCCACUUCCGUUUCCCCCCUUCCACACCAUCAGAGGUGCUUUCAUCGAGCGAGGAGCUCCGCAGCCCGGGCGUCUUCAGCGGCGUGGCCCGUCGCAUGGCCCGCGGCUCGGUAAGCGACUGCAGUGACGGCACCUCCACCACCUCGGAGCUUGAGGAGGCAGCGGGCGCUGACGAAAGAGCUGGGGGGCCUGACAGGGCCUUCAGGGGUCUGCUCCCCCAUCGCCUGCCGCACGAUUCUUUGUUCAGGGUUUUUGGGGGGAAUCAAAACCCAGCAGGACUGCACAGACCGGCACCAAGGGUUCACCCAGAAUCUUUAUCCCCCUUCCCCGUCUCCCCACUGCCUGGUCCAGGAAGUCUCCUGGCUCCCACUCUGUCCCCAGCUUUGUCAAUGACCCCCACUCCCCACCUGGCCUACACCCCUUCUCCCUCCCUGUCAUCUCCCAUGAUGGGCUCCCACUUCUCCUUCAACCCGGAGGACAUGAAGCACUACUUGCAGGCCCACACCCAGUCUGUCUACAACUACCACCUCAGCCCCCGAGCUUUCCUGCAUUACCCCAACAUCAUCGUCCCUCAGCCCCACCGCCCCACCCCCGAGAAAGCUGCCGCGCACCACCUACACGCCCCAGCCUUGCAGCUCUCGCAUCCCCUCGGCCAGCAUCCGGUGGGCACAGAGGAGGGUCAGCAGCAUCCGUCACCAUUCAAGUUCAAGCUGCAGCCCCCUCCCCUCGGGCGCAAGCAUAGGGAGGCAGGAAGCUCCCUGGCAUCUUCCUCCUUCCACACAUCCUCACUUGCGGGUUCUGGUCAGAUGAGCAAUUCUGCCAUGGCAGGAGGCCCCCCUAAGAUCAAGGUGGAGCCCAUGUCAGACAUGUCAGAGGAAGAUGUAGAGGUGACUGACCUCAGCGAGGAAGAGGAGCUGCAUCACAACGAGGAGGAAGAAGGUGGUAUGGGCACCCCAACAGCUUGCCGCCGCCAUCUUUACUCGAACAGCAACCACCACAUCAAUGGAAGUGUCAGCUGCUCCUCUGCCGCUCCUCCUCCACAAAAUCACCCUGAUGACGACCUCGACGAUGAUGAGGAGGUCUUCAAAACCCCCGCCACUCCCCCACUCGGGAGCAGCCCAGCCUGUACCCUAAUCACCACCAUGAAGAGCGAGCCGUGUCAGCCCCCCAUCAGCCCCGGAGGCACACGCUGCAUCCCGCUCAAACUCCGCUUCAAACGCCGCUGGAGCGAAGACCAGAGGAUGGAGGCGGACGGAGAGAGGGAUGAAGCAGAGGACAAGAAAGUUAAGGCUGAAGGCGAGGACGAGGUGGACGGAAAGAAGGAGGAGUCUGCGAGGAGAGAGGGGGAUGAUGAGAACAGAGGAGGGCGGGACGGGAUCUUGGGGCUGAUGCUCCCCCCUGCUCCCACCCAGCGCAGAUCCAGCUCUGAGCUGCAGAGGGCGACGGCACAGCUGUCUCUGGAGAACGCCAGCUGCUGAGUGUCCCUCACACCCAGGAAACAGACGGGAAGGUUUCUCCGGUGUUUCCGGCAGAGAGCGAAGCCUCGGCACCUCUUGCCAGCUGCAGUCGAUGUAGCCGGUUCUCAUUCAGUGCAACUUCAGGGCUGAAACGGACGCAAACGGGCCUGAGUUUGGUUCCUGGAGUGCCAUAGGCAGGAAAGUACUUUAUUGUGCAAUAAUUAAAGGAGCUUUUUGGCACCCUUAACUGACCUCACAGCCGCAUGCGCUCCUGAAAUUACUUACCGAACAAAAUAAUUUCCUGCUUAUGACACAAGUUUCCGGGAACCUAAAAGAAAAAAAUCCCUCUCUUAAUCAUUCAGGUUUUGCUAUUUCAGCAGAAUCUGUUGGUCAGUACUGUCAGCGAGCAGCUGCUGGGCGCUACAGACUAUUCAUGAAAUAUGGCUGCCCUGUACAGACACUCUUCUCUGCUUUCUCAGCCGAACACUUGAUCUGCUUUGACUUUAACACUAACAGAUGACCAGACUUGGAUUGUACUUUCAUUCAGUUUGAGCCCCACGGAGGCGGAGUGUGCCUCCAGUGGGCAAACCCAGCCUUCUGAGCAGAGGGGACGUGGACUUCCUGUUUCCAGCUCCUGGGUGGACCAUCCUGAUGUUACUGAAGACAGUCCGGAUAGAGAUUACAAAAGUGCCUCUGUGUGCAUGUCAUAACUGGGGGUAAACCCCCCCCCCCAUCUUUAGUUCCGUCACUACAGUGUAUAAAGACGUAAAAAUCCUUUAUGGACAGGUGAGCUACGAACAAGGAGAAGGAAGAACUGUCCUCUAGUCUGAGGCAGAAGAGCAACACCAGCUGCCCCGCCUUUUAGUGUCUUCACACGACCUUUGAGGGGCGCUUCCCCCUUAAACUUAAAGGUCUUACAUUCCUCCGUUGUUUUUGUUGUUCUUUCUGUGUAAGGACGUGUUUGCCUCUGGAGGACGGGGCAGUAUUGAGGAGCGUUUGCAGUGAUCUGAAGGCCUUCUUCUGUAUUUUGGAUUGAAUAACCAAAUGUGUUCAUGUGAUGUUUUGAGAAGCAGCGAUGGAGGCAAAGUGAUUAGUCUAGAAGAGACGAGGAGUCAUGUCACGAAUGCGGAGCCUCAAGGUUCACUUUACUCCCAUGAAAAAGAGAACUUAUUUUUAUGAGCUUUGAUUUGUGCGUUUUUAACCGUAGUAGAGACUGUGCCUUUUUCCAAGCCAACAUGUGUUUUUAUUAGAGAGCCCCAGCUAAAUGUAUUAGACUCUAAACCACCAUGCCUUCUGCUUUUGUGCAACACAAAAUCAGAUCAUUUACAAACAAAAAGUAUAACUAUAUAUUCAAAUGUUAUAUUUCAAUACGGUCAUUUGAUACAAAUCAGGAGAAUCCUAUUUUUGACGGUAAAGAUGUGUAUAUAUUCUAUUGUCAGCAGUAUAAUUCAGCCUUCGCCUUGUGUUGAGCGGCGCGCCACGCCGACAAAGGCUACCAGUAUCAGAGUUUAUAUUUAUAUUGUAAAAUAAAUGUAACGCGUGCUUUCAGAGGAGCGAGGGCGAGAUGGAGCGAGGUGGAGGCAGGCCCGGGUCCACUUUUAUUUACAUUGUAAGCAGCCGUGUUUGUGGUUGGGCGGGGUUCGGCUCCUUCCUGGUGCUCGAUCCAAAGUCCCAAAGUAGUUGAACCCAGACCUCACGAGGAUCCAGGUGGUGGAGUCCCUGCCAGGACGACAGGUUUCAGCAGGAACACGCCUGGACUUUGGGUCGCGGUGUGUGCAGCACACACACACACUGUAGGGGUUAGAGUGUGGCUUUUCUGCGGCUACAAUAAAGGGAAACAUGACAUCACGGGUGACAUCAGCCGCCCCCGCAGUCUCUCAAGAGUAGAUGGCCUAACCAAAGAAACUACACCCACCACACACAAACACACAGAGGAAACGGCAUCACAAAACCUCAACAGCAGUGAGGGACUUCCCGAGCACGCUCAUCUCGAUGGCUGUGUGUGUGUUUGUGUGUGUGGUUGAGCCUUCUGCACACAAACCUUAACUUGGCUGGAUGCUCUAAGCGCCCGAUUAAUCGCCGUCUCCUUUAAAUCUUCCUUUUCCUUCAGCAGACAGAUGUAGCUGUUUGGUCCUGAUCAGAGCAGGUUUUCACCGUCUGCUGAGGAAAAGACGACCGGCGCUGCCUUCACCUGUUGUGGCUUCAAACUCGACGUGUUUUUAAAAUUCUUCUGUGUUAUCGUUUCUGUGUAAUGAUAUUCUUGACGUGACUUUUUUUUCCAUUAGGCCCGGCCUCUUCUCCUUGAAUUCCUGCUUUCUUGUGAUCUCUUGUGCCAGUUUGCACUCAUGAGCUCGGCCCGGCCCGGCUCGGCUUCGGUGCAGUUUGUAUUUUUGUUCUCGCGUUCAUUUUGUAAUUGUUUCUGCAGAAAAACGGAGGGCCAAGUAAUGCCUACAUACAGCUGGGGGGGUUACAGGUUUUCGCCUUUUUUCUUUUUUUUAACUUGUGUACAUAUAUUUUUGCCAUAAUGCAGGAUUAUGUAAGAGAGAAAAAAAACAUUGUACUUGUUUUGUUAUUUGACAUGUGUGUCCCCCCCCCCCCUCCCUCUCCUAUCUCUGAUCUGUUCCUGGUCUUCUCUUGUGAUCACUCCUUUAGUGCGCUCUCACUCCAGAAGACAGUUUGUACCAUUCUUCUGUUUUCCUUCUCUCUGUCUGUUCAUCUUCAUUUGUAAUUCAACAGUAAUCAGGGUUCAUUAAAAAAAAAGGUGGAAAUUGUC